CAAAAACAGGCAAAAAGGCCUCCACUACUAUCUUGCAAGAUGAUCAUAAUCCAGUCGAACUUCUUGUGGCCUUGAAUGAAAACACGACUAAUAUUUGAAGUUCUAUUCAUUGGCCUUUCCUUUUUCUUGUUUUCUCUACCCUGAAAAUCCCUGCCUCAAGGAGCCCCGUUCAUCCUAUGCCAUGAAACUGAACGCUUAAAAAGGAUAAGGAAACACAGAAAGAGCUCUAACAUGAGCUAUUGUUUCAGCUUCCAAAGCCCCAAGGCUUUGCCUCCUCUCUCUUCUCAGCGCAGAAGAACUUCUCUGUGUACUACAGCUAAAUACAAACCAUUCCACAAUACCAAGCUUGUUAAGCAGAAAGUUACAAGCGUUAGCAGAAAGCCUGAAGACCACGAUCAAGCAAACAAGUCUAGCUUGGCAAUUCAGUUUGCUGCACUUUUAGCUACUAUUGAGCGGCCCGCAUUUGCCAUCACUGGAGUGAAUAAUCCUGAAGAUUUGACAUCGGUUUUGAUACAAUUGGCUAUUGUUACCUUUUGUUACUUCAUUCUGAUGCCACCUAUCAUCUUGAACUGGCUUUGGAAAAGAUUGUACAGGAGAAAGCUUUUGGAGACGUAUUUGCAAUUCAUGUGCGUCUUCAUUUUCUUUCCAGGGAUAUUGCUGUGGGCACCAUUUCUGAACUUCAGGAAAUUUCCUCGGGAUCCAUCCUUGCAGUACCCAUGGUCCAAACCCGAAGAUCCUUCAAAAAUCAAGAACGAUUAUCUGAGGUACCCCUGGGCUACACCUGAAGAUUAUGAUUAGAAACAGCAGGCCCUUGGCAAGCUUACAUGCUAAAGGGGUCUGUUACCUGCACAAUUUACACAAGCAUUUGAACUCCAGUUGUUGAAAUAC